AUGGUUUACCUGAAAUUAAAUUCAAAAAAGAUGAGAAAUAUUGCUAUUGUGGGUCAUGUACAUCAUGGAAAAACAUCAUUUGUUGAUAUGUUGAUAUAUGAAACACAUAAUCCUGGAGCUUGGGAUGUUGAUAAACAGGUUAAAGAUCAUGGUGUUAAUAUAAAAGGCAUGCCAAUAACUCUCGUUUUGCAAAAUACCAAAGAAAAAUCUUAUCCAUUCAAUAUUCCAGGACAUGCUGAUUUUGUAGAUGAGGCUACAGCUGAACUUAGAUUAGCUGAUGAUGCUAUCAAAGGGGCUAAUUGGUUGUUAGCCAUGGUUAACACAGAGUAUAUAAUAAAGCAUAUUAUACAAAAAAAAUUGUCACUCACAUUAGUAGUUAAUAAAGUCAAUAGAUUAAUAUUGGAAUCGAGACUGCUUCCCAAUGAUGCCCACUUUAAACUUAAACAUACAAUUGAAGAAGUUAAUACAGUGAUUAGGACAGACAACAAAGUAGAAGUAUCAAACAUUUAUAAGUCAGGAGGCUCAUACUUUCAUGCAUUGCUAUCUCAAGAUAAUAAUAAAAUACUUAACUCUAGGAUCAGAAAAAACUUUUUCCUAAAAGACAACAAAAAUUUGGUAAUAAAAACGAUGAAAAUCUUUGAUAGUGAUACCAGUGAUAACAUUAAGCGUGGCAAUAGUGCUAUCUCUUCCUGUGAAAUUACUGUGGUUAGAAUGUAUAAAAGAUCAAGCCCAAUGUUAAAUGCUUGUAUAAAUGCUUUUAAAAAAAAUGAAAGGCGUACGUACCUAUCUACUGAAAAGUUUAUAGAGAAUUUGCUAUAUGAAUAUAUGCCUCAGAACAUAUGGCGUCAUAAUUUUAUUCUAGAUUCAGAUAAUUAUUUCUAUGCAAAUGGUAAAAGAUUUACAAAGAAUUCGGAUAUGAGUCUGGAUUUUCAUAUAGAGAAAUGGUGUAAUGUCAAUUUGUGGGAACUCAUCUUAGAUCAAUACUUUCCAGAUAUCUUGGAUGUAGAAGAAGUUCGCGAAGAGUCCUCUAGUUAA